AUGUUUAAAAUAUUCAGAAUAAUAUUAAUAUUUUUAACUUUAGCAUGUAUGAUUUUAUCAAUAUUUGGUUUAACUGGUUCUUAUAAAAAUGAAUCAUAUUUAACAAAUACGUAUUUACUAAAUAUUCAUUUAAAUGGUUUAGAUUUAAAACAAAUUAUAAAUUCAACAAAUAUAAAUAAACGAGAUUGGCAAUCAACUGAUUCUGGUAAUUAUUAUGUCAAUCAAGCAAGUUCUAUAUUAGCAACAGCUACAGUUGGUUCAGUUCCUUCAGCUAUUGAAAGUUGGUAUGAUUCCCAACCUAGUUCUGUUCAAAGUUCUAUACAAAGUGCUAUACCUGGCGUAGGUAACGGUAAUGGUAAUGGUAAUGGUAAUGCUGGUUAUUAUACAACUGUAUCUGCUGCUAUAAAUGAUUUAUUAGAAAAUACAACUCCUCAAUUACUCGGUAUUGCUGAUGUUUAUUCAAUUAGUUUUUGGGGUUAUUGUCGAGGCCAAGUUGAAGAACAAAACACAAAUAAUAAUUCAAGUGGUACAUUUGUUGAUAAUUUUGAUAAUUCAAAUAUAAAUUGGACUUGGUGUUCAGAUCCAACCCCGGGGUUUUUUUUCAAUCCAGUUGAAAUUUUUAAGAAUGAAAUGAAUAAUACUUUAAAUGGAAUUCAAGUUGAUGAUCAAUCACUGGAAAUCAAUCAAUUAUCAAAUCAGUUAAGAAGUGAAUUAAAAGUUUUACUUGAUAAUUUAACAGAUGACGAUUUUAAUUUACCUGGUAAUUUAAAUGAUGAUUUGAAAAAAUUAAAUGAUUUAACUAUAGCUGGUUUUGCUUUAAUUUUAACUGUAAUUGUUUUAAGUUUUAUUUCAUUAAUUUUUCAAUUAUUUGGUUUCUGUUGUUCACCAAAUAAAUGUUGUUUAUCAUUUUUAAAUUUUUUGUUUGAAUUUAUAAUAUUUAUAUUGGCUAUAGUUGGUGCUGGUUUAGUUACUGGUGUUUAUUAUUUUGUAAAAGGUCAAAUUAAUGAUAAUGUUGAAGAUUUUGGUAUUAAAUCAUUUUUAUCAAUAAAUUUUUAUGCAUUUAUAUGGAGUGCUGUAGUUGCAUGUAUAUUGAUUAUAUUUUUCAAUUUAUUGGGACAUUGUUGUGGAUUAUUUGGAACUGGCAGAAAAAGAUAUAGAGCAGUUAAGAAAGAAGAACCUCAUGAAAUAGCUUAUGAACAUAAAGAUGGUAAAGUGUAG